AUGGAUAAAAAUCUUGUACAUCUUCACAUAUUAAACGGCAGCAGGGAAAUCCCUAUCAAAGGAACUCCGAAAAAAUACUAUAAUUUGUAUUCUGAAUGUUGGCAAGAUGAUGGAAUAAAGCGUCCUAAUAUUGCUGAAGUUGGUGAAAGGCUUAGUGCACUAGAAUAUUUAAAUGACGAUGUGAUAAAAAAAGACAACACAGUUCCAACUCUGUGUAUUUUGGCACGAGAAAUCAAGAUCAACAUUUUUAGAUUCAUAUUACAUCCAAAAAAUUUAUCAUUAACAUGCAGAUGUUGGAAUGACAUUAUCAACUGUCCACAAGCUAGAGCUGAAUGGAUUCUCUACCAUUAUGGAAAUGCCCAUUCACUCUUUCAUGCAGUUAGACUUGGUCCAUGCUUUAUAAACAAUUCUGUUGCUGAAUCUAUACUUGCCAAGGGAGGUUUAUUUUCUCACUAUUUUGCACAACGGUUGCUCAUGGAUUUUGGUUGCAUUGAUAAUUUUAAUGAACUCGUUGAACAUAAGAUAAGACACAUAAAACAAGCAGAUGCUGAAAAAAUUCAACAUCUACAAAAAAAAAAUAGUGUACAUUGGGCUUGUGAUUUACCUAUUCAGGUUUUCAUAUAUUUGGUUUUGGAAACUCCAAAACGUUUUAAUGAACUAGAGAUUGCAUUGAAAGGGAAUGAUAUGAAGUUAUUUCAUCUUUAUACUGGAGAUGUGAAUAAAAUCAAUGAACGCCUCUCAGAGCUUAUUGAACUUGGUUUUAAACUGACAUAUUCAGUCAUCUGUGAUAUCUUGGAGCACCGAUUUUACGAUAUCGGUGAAAUUUUACUUGAAUCAUUUUUAUCUCUUAAGAAAGAUAACCAUUUUUUCGAGAAUUGUGUGAUAGAAGUGAUCAAGCCAGAACGUAAUCUGAAAAAAAUGGAUUUAUUAGAUUUCUUGUAUAAUAAUAUGAAACAAAAUCAAGAGGAAAUAUUCUUAAAUGCGAUGAGAUUUUAUCAUUUUAAUGGUAAUGAUUGUGAAAAGCUUAAAACAUAUACAACAUCUAUAAGGCCUCUCUCUUUAUCAAAAAUUUAUUAUGAUUGGGCACUUUCAAAAUUCAAAGCUAAUUCAAUUAUAGCAUCACUUUGCUUUGAAGAUAUUUUACAAACAAGAAUCAGCAUUAUCUCGAAUUUAAGUGAUAAAAAGCCUUUAAGUGCUUGGAAUGAUUACAGACAAAUAGAUACAAAGCUUUUAGGUGUUUGGAUUGAUGGCAUACGAUUAAUUUCUGGAAAUCCUGGAGAAUAUGUAAAAUCACGUAGACCAUCAAGUACUGUUAUGCUUAUGACUUUUUCUCAUUCACAAACAAGUUCUAAAUAUUUUUUAUAUCAA